UGUACCAAGUGUAACGACUGCCAGCAAAUUUUAUACUGUUGAUCCAUCGAUUGGAACUUGUAUAUGUUUUGCUGUGCUUGGUGGGUCACCAUGCAAACAUCAAGCCGCCGUUGCGAUUAAGUAUCACGAAGGAUCAUUUAAUUUCAUUCCCGCUCUUUCCAUUGAUGAUUGCAUGAUCUAUCGAUAUAUAGCCUGUGGAACUGUUGCAAACGAUUCUGCCUUUUAUGCAUCUUUACGUGCACCCCUUAUGGCAGAGAAUAGCCAAACGAUUAUAAAACCUAUUCAAGAUAUUCAAGAUACUCCUCAGAGCUUAGGUGACGAUGCCCCUACUGUAUAUGAUCGCAAUAUUUCUACAUAUGAUCCAAAUAACAUCGAAGAUAUGAAUGCUCGUGUUGAAAUGCUUAAAAACUUUUUCCAUC